CAAGUCCAAAUGCCUUGGAGAGCCAUUAGUAGUCUUCCUCUGCCUGCUUCUUCAACUCUCCAGUUUCACCUUUCACCCCUCAUCAUUUCUAAAUCACCAGCACGUGCACUGUGGACACAGCAUGCAGUCACAGCCCGUACACCAGGCAUCCUAAACUGUUUGCAGUGCAAGGAGGAAGAUUAAUGCAUUCUGAAGGGAGAGGAGUUGAGCCUGGGCCAUCAUCCCAUUGAUUAAGAAGUCUUUCCUGGGGUCCUCUUGAUCCUAGAUGCUUUCGACACCAUGAAUUUUUCAAAUAGAAACUAAUUGCAGCAUUUCCAGUUGACCAGCAUUCAUAGGAAUGAAGACAAUCACAGAGAUGGUGUGUCUAAGAAAUUUCAAAAGGUGUAGGCCUCCUGAUUGAAGUACAGUCAACUUACUGGAUUCAUUUUUUUUUUUUUUUCAUUUUAUUUCCAUCCUCCUACAAGGGAAAGCCAUGAUUACACUAACAGAGCUAAAAUGCCUAGCAGACGCCCAGUCAUGUUAUCACAUCCUGAAGCCGUGGUGGGACGUCUUUUGGUAUUACAUCACCCUGAUCAUGCUGCUGGUGGCCGUGCUGGCUGGAGCCCUCCAGCUCACACAGAGCAGGGUUCUGUGCUGUCUCCCCUGUAAGGUGGAAUUUGACAAUCACUGCGCCGUGCCUUGGGACAUCCUGAAAGCCAGCGUGAACGCAUCCUCCGAUGCCGGGAUGCCACUUCCGCUGCCCCUCAGAAUCCAGAACGACCUCCACCGACAGCAGUACUCCUACAUUGACGCCGUCUGUUACGAGAAGCAGCUCCACUGGUUCGCCAAGUUCUUCCCCUACUUGGUGCUCUUGCACACCCUCAUCUUUGCAGCCUGCAGCAACUUCUGGCUUCACUACCCCAGCACCAGUUCCAGGCUCGAGCACUUUGUGGCCAUCCUGCACAAGUGCUUCGAUUCUCCCUGGACCACCCGCGCCCUGUCAGAGACGGUGGCCGAGCAGUCAGUGAGGCCCCUGACCCUCUCCAAGUCCAAGGUUCUGCUCUCCUCCUCGGGGUGCUCAGCCGGCGACGUGGAUGCCAACAAGCAGUCACUGCCCUACCCACAGCCUGGCUUAGAGUCAGCUGGCAUAGAGAGCCCGACCUCUAGCGUCCUGGACAAGAAGGAGGGCGAACAGGCCAAAGCCAUCUUUGAAAAAGUGAAAAGGUUCCGCCUGCACGUGGAGCAGAAGGACAUCAUCUACAGAGUGUACCUGAAGCAGAUCAUAGUCAAAGUCAUUUUGUUUGUCCUCAUCAUAACUUACGUUCCGUAUUUUUUAACCUACAUCACUCUGGAAAUUGACUGUUCAGUGGACGUGCAGGCUUUUACUGGAUACAAGCGCUACCAGUGUGUGUACUCCUUGGCAGAAAUAUUCAAGGUCCUGGCUUCAUUUUACGUCAUCUUGGUUAUACUUUAUGGUCUCACCUCGUCUUACAGCUUGUGGUGGAUGCUGCGGAGCUCUCUGAAGCAAUAUUCCUUUGAGGCGCUGAGAGAAAAAAGCAACUACAGCGACAUCCCAGAUGUCAAGAACGACUUCGCCUUUAUCCUCCAUCUGGCUGAUCAGUACGACCCGCUUUACUCCAAACGCUUCUCCAUAUUCCUGUCAGAGGUCAGUGAGAACAAACUGAAACAGAUCAACCUCAACAAUGAAUGGACGGUCGAGAAACUAAAAAGCAAGCUUGUGAAAAAUGCCCAGGACAAGGUAGAACUGCACCUUUUCAUGCUAAACGGUCUUCCCGACAAUGUCUUCGAGCUGACAGAAAUCGAAGUGCUAAGCCUGGAGCUGAUCCCUGAGGUCAAGCUCCCCUCGGCGAUCUCACAGCUGGUCAGCCUCAAGGAGCUCCACGUGUACCACUCGUCCCUGGUGGUCGACCACCCCGCCCUGGCCUUUCUAGAGGAGAAUUUAAAAAUUCUUCGCCUGAAAUUUACUGAAAUGGGGAAAAUCCCACGCUGGGUGUUUCACCUGAAGAAUCUCAAGGAGCUUUACCUGUCGGGCUGUGUGCUGCCUGAGCAGGUGAGCACCAUGCAGCUAGAGGGCUUUCAGGACCUGAAAAGCCUGAGGACCCUCUACUUGAAGAGCAGCCUCUCCCGGAUCCCACAAGUCAUCACGGACCUCCUGCCUUCACUACAGAAGUUGUCCCUCGAUAAUGAGGGGAGCAAGCUGGUUGUAUUGAACAACCUGAAAAAAAUGGUCAACCUGAAAAGCCUGGAGCUGAUCAGCUGUGACCUGGAACGUAUUCCACACUCCAUUUUCAGUCUGAACAAUUUGCAUGAGUUAGACCUCAGAGAAAAUAACCUUAAAACUGUGGAAGAGAUCAUUAGCUUUCAGCACCUCCAGAAUCUUUCCUGCUUAAAGCUGUGGCACAAUAACAUUGCUUAUAUUCCAGCCCAGAUCGGGGCAUUGUCUAAUCUAGAGCAGCUCUCUUUGGACCAUAAUAACAUUGAGAACCUGCCCCUGCAGCUUUUCCUAUGCACCAAACUACAUUAUUUGGAUCUAAGCUAUAACCACCUGACCUUCAUUCCGGAAGAAAUCCAGUAUCUGAGUAAUUUGCAGUACUUUGCUGUGACCAAUAACAACAUUGAGAUGCUUCCAGACGGGCUGUUUCAGUGCAAAAAGCUGCAGUGUUUACUCUUGGGGAAAAAUAGCCUGAUGAGCUUGUCACCUCACGUGGGUGAGCUGUCAAACCUUACUCAUCUGGAGCUCAUCGGUAAUUACCUGGAAACACUUCCUCCUGAACUGGAAGGGUGUCAGUCCCUAAAACGGAGCUGUCUGAUUGUCGAGGAGAAUUUGCUCAAUACUCUUCCUCCCCCUGUAACAGAACGUUUGCAAACAUGCCUAGAUAAAUGUUGACCUAAAGAGAAUAAUUUUUAAAAGUACAUUCCAGGGCUUUAAAUGAGAACUAAAAUUUCCUAAGUUAUAAAGAUGAACAAUGGAUAAUUACGACUAACUAUAACCAAAUGUCUUAUUAUAAUAAGGCAACUCAGUGUCUAAAACAGGUAAAAAGUAUUAACACUGAAACAAAGUUUUGUGAAUAAUUGAUCUUUAACUUAUAGAGAUAUAAGAAGUGUACACUUGGAGGGUAGAAUGGGGCCAUGAAAUUAUUGAAUCUCUACGCUGCAGUUUUUAUCUUUUGAAGAUGAGAUAUUACUUACUUGCAUACUUGUUUUAACUGACUUCCUGUUUUGAUAUUUAUCACCUAGGCCAUAAACUCAUCAACAUAAAUUCCCUUGAGGUACACUCAGCACUGUCUUUGAUUUAUGUUCUUAAAUACUUUUAGGCAGGAUGCAUUGUGCUUGGCAGAGCUCCUCCUUGGCUUAAUUUUUACUUCCUGCCCCAGCUUGUUUGAGUCUUCCUUCAUCUGGUUUUCUCUUAACAACAGUGAUGAACCCUGAGAAAGUGCCUGCCUGUGGCCUUUGCACAGAACAGGAGCAGGGUAUUUAGGACAAGUCAUCCUCGGGCCAUCCUGAAAUUUUAAUGUAUCCUCUGCAACUUCUUGUAUAUCAUCGGAGCCUUUUUUAUUUGCUACUAAUUUUUAUAUCAAAUGCAAGACAUAUAAAUAUUUUCUAUUGUGUAAUCUUGGAUUCAAAAUCUGUGAGAAUAGUUUUUGUAAGGUACAGAGAACACAUCCUUUUCUUUAAGAACUUACUAUUAAUAUACUUGGUUUCGGCUGCUUAUGAGUCUCACGUUUGUGCGCACUUGGCUCCAAAAUGUUUUUGUAGUCUGCAGCUAAUUAUUUCUGGAUAACAAAAGCCUUGUGUUUCGUGCCCUAAAAUAUUUGGGGGUUUCCUUCCAAGAGGACGGCCACAUCAUCUACCUCUCUCUUCCCUAGUUACUGUGCUGUUGUACGGGUAACCAUUCUUAAUUACUUCAAAAACUGUGAUGGAGGGGAGAGGUACAGAUUUGGAUCUUUAAAACUGAUUUUCAAGCACUCUGUAGAAAUUAAGUAAGAGUUAAACAAAAUACUUUCUUCUCCAUCUGCAUGAUGUCUAGAUAGGAUUAUAAUGUGAAACACUCAGCCUCUAUUCAUUGUUUAAUGUGGGUUCUCAAAGCUCACAAAGAAAUAGAUCUAAUUAACUGAAAUUCAUCUCAUGCCUUUGUUGAACUUUUCGGGAAUACAUUUUGCUCUUUUUUUUUUAAUAAAGAGUUUUGUGUUUGGCUUUUUAUUAUCAUGCACAUUGUAAAAUGAAUAAAGCCGACUGACUCAUUUUGGGGAAAUGUACAUUUUCGAUGUGUUUUUCUCUGUGUCUAGGCAUUGUGAUGCCAUUUCAAACUAUGAAAUAAUCUAU